AUGUCGUACACCACCAGUCUCACAGGUCGUGAGCGGUCACGAUGGCCGCCGCUGACGCGCAUGCUCAUGUCCGGAGAGAUGUCGGACCAAAAAGCGCGAGAGUUGACCCGGAAAGAGAAAUUUGAUGUGUGGAUGGUCAAUGAGGGUUACCGAAGAUUUUUUGUUUUUACAUUUGCGAUAUUGCACGUCAUGGUCUUCGUCUUUGGUAUGAUGAACUAUGGGCUAAAGGACAACUCCAUUGGUUCAAGACAAACCUUUGGUCUGACCUUCCCCAUUGCUCGUUCAGCCGCUCUCGUAUUGCACGUCGACGUUGCCUUCAUCCUUUUCCCGGUAUGCAGGAACUUAAUCUCCAUGGCUCGUCGUACGCCGUUGAACGACGUUAUUCCUUUCGACAAGAACAUCACCUUCCACAAGCUGGUCGCCUGGUCUAUCGUCUUCUUCUCGUGGGUCCACACUAUCGCCCAUUGGAACAACCUUGCCAAGUUUUCGGCUUCCAAUAACCUGGGAUUCAUGGGCUUUAUCCUUGCCAACCUUGCAACUGGACCUGGAUGGAGUGGUUACGUUAUGCUGACUGCGCUCAUGGCGAUCGCUGUCACGGCUGCGGAGAAGGCUCGUCGCGCCAACUUCGAACGUUUCUGGUACAUGCACCAUCUGUUCAUCGUCUUCUUCAUCUUCUGGUCCAUUCACGGAGCCUUCUGCAUGAUUCAGCCCGACUUUGCGCCCUUCUGCGACGGUAUCGGUGUCUUCUGGGAGUACUGGAUGUAUGGUGGAUUUGCGUACCUGGCCGAGCGAAUCGCCCGUGAAGUACGAGGACGACACAAGACGUAUAUCUCCAAGGUCAUCCAGCACCCCAGCAACGUUUGCGAAGUUCAGAUCAAGAAGGAGCACACCAAGACCCGUGCUGGACAGUACAUCUUCUUGUGCUGCCCUGAGAUCUCCAUCUGGCAAUACCAUCCCUUCACGCUUACCAGCGCACCCGAGGAAGACUACAUCUCGGUGCACAUUCGUAUGGUCGGUAACUUCACCAAGGCUUUCGGACAGGCGCUUGGCUGCAACACAGACAAGAAGCCAGCCGGCGAGAAGGGUGAGAAGGGUGGGUCCAGCGAAGAGAUCGCCUUGCGUCAAAUUCUUCCCCGAGUCUACAUUGAUGGUCCUUUCGGUUCGGCCUCUGAGGAUGUAUUCAAGUUCGAAGUCGCCGUUCUCUGUGGUGCCGGUAUCGGUGUCACACCUUUCGCGUCCAUUCUUAAGAGUAUCUGGUACCGCAUGAACUACCCUCAAGGAUCCCGUACGAGACUGAGGAAGGUCUACUUCUUCUGGAUCUGCAGAGACUUCGGAUCUUUCGAAUGGUUCAGAUCGUUGCUGCUGGCUAUCGAGGCGCAAGAUAUCGAUGAUCACAUCGAGAUCCACACCUACCUCACAGCAAAGAUCAAGGCAGACGACGCGACAAACAUCAUGAUCAACGACGCAAAUGCAGAGCAAGACGCCAUCACCGGUCUCCGCGCGCCCACAAACUUCGGUCGCCCUAACUGGGACAUGAUCUUCAAGUCCAUCCGCAAGAUUCACUCACCCGCCGAAGCCGGUGUCUUCUUCUGUGGACCCAAGGGUCUUGGUUCAACGCUCCACGUCAAGUGCAACAUGUAUUCUGAGCCCGGCUUCAGUUAUGUGUGGGGCAAAGAGAACUUCUAG